AUGGGUUCGAGCGAUGGUAACCCGCAGCAGCAGCAGCAGCAGCGGGGGUCAGAAUCUGGUCCACCAAGUGCGGCUGCUGGAGCGCCGACCUCGUCAGCAGGCGAAGCUGCAGCAGCAGCGGAAGCAGCAGCACCAACGGCCUCAGCAGGUCCAGCAACAGCAGCACCAGCAGCAGCAGCAGCAGCAGCAGCAGCAGAGCCUUCAAUCGUGUUUGACCCCGAGCUGCCGCUGCACGAGCAGGCGCAGCAAGUGCUGCAGCUGUACUCUUUCAGGUCGCAGCAGUCCUUUGUUUUAUCCCCCAGGGCAUUGGCGCAGCAGCAGCAGCAACAGCAGCAGCAGCAGCAACAGCAGCAGCAGCAGCGGCAAGAGCGUUCAGCUGCUGCUGCAAGCGGUGAGGCUGCAGAAGAGCCCACCGAGGAGGCAGCAACGUCUGCAGCAGCACCAGCAGCAACAGCUGCCGCUGCAGCAGCAGAAAGUGGACAGAGUGAAUCAGCAGCAACAUCUGUCAUGUCUUGGCAGCAGUGGGCUUCUUCUCUCUUGGAUCCCUCAAACUUUUUUGCCGACACGACAGCAGCAGCAGCCCCAGCAGCAGCAGCAGCAACUCCAGCAGCAGCAGCAGCCCCAGCUGCAAUUCCAGCAGGGUUGGCAGCAGCAGAAGAAAGUGCGGAUGCCUCUUCAAACACCGCAGCAGCAGCAGCAGCAGCAGCACCUGCAGCAGCAGGGAGGCGCCGCCGCGUAGGCGGCGUGCGAACAGGCCGGCAGCAGCAGGAGCAGCCGCAGCAGCGCGAGCAGCAGCAGCGCGCCCGCCGCGCGGCCCGCAACAGCGAGCAGCAGCAGCAGCAGCAGCAGCAGCUGGCGGGGGGCUCUGUGCACGAGGUGCUGACAGCAGCACUGCAGACCCUGCGGGGCGUUGCUGCCCGCAGCAGCAACGGCACCCUCGAGCUCAUCUUGACAACAGUGCUGCAGCAAAUAACUCCCCCCGAGCAGCACUAUGUCCUCCGCAUUGGUUCCAUCCUGCAGCACACGCCGGAACUUUAUUUUGUAAUUUGUUCCCUCUUAGCUGGCAGCUCGAGAGCAGCAGUGCAGCAGCGGCUGAGUCGGCUGGGCCUCGUGCAGCUGCUGGCGAGUUUGCUGGAGACGCAGCUGUGGUUUAGGCCGGACCCUUUGGCGCACCUCUGGCUGCGUUCCGAGCCCGAGCAGCAGCAGCAGGAGCAGCAGCAGCAGGAGCAGCAGCAGGAGCAGCAGCAGGGGCGGCAGCAGCAGCAGCGGCGGCGGCGGCGCGCGGCCGCGGGCGAGGGCGCUGAACCCUUUUGUAAACCUAAUUAG